CCAGCUUCCAACGCCACCAUCUUCACUAUUCCGUACAGCCCUCAUGACUUGCGUAGCGACUCUGUUAAGGUCAUUGGAAUACCACACCCAAGACAAUGGCAUCGGCCGCGAGAUUAAAAUCGACGUCAAAUACGAAAUCGAAACAAAAGUUGUCCCAAUCUCGACUACAAUUAAACACACCACAGAAGACAACCUCCCGAAACUCUGUCCCCUCGACUCCGUCUGCCACCGCGACCAAGUCCAAAACCAGUAACUCGAAAUCGAAGCCGAAUCAGAGCAUAUUGAGCUUCUUCAAGAAGAUUUCUGGUGAUGAGGAUGGAUUGUUCAUCGGUGGCGAGGAGGUACAAGGGGAAGAUAUUUAUGAGGCGACGCCUCCUGAUGGCGAGAAAGACAGCGAGAGGGAUGGGGAUGAUCGUCAGUCAGAGGGAAGGUAUAAUGAGGCCGGAGGGCCUGUCAAGAGGCGGAGACUGAGUCCUGGUGGUUGCGAUUCAGAGGUAGGGGAAGGGUUGAGGUCUGAGUCAGAAGGGGCAGUCGGGACAGGGAAGUCGCGCAAUGGAUCGGUUCUGGAGGGCAACCAGAAUAGGAUGUUCCGUACACCGGCCGCGGUGACGAAAAGGAAGGCGGCCAAUCCGUUCCUGGACGAUUCCUCGUCCGACCGGGAGGACCACGACGACAACAAGGAAAACGAGCCAAAGCCGGCCACAUCAAGGGUGAGAUCGCCGCCGCCUACGCUUGAUGAUUGUGACGAGAGAGACUCAGGUCCUGGACCGGCAAAGCUUACCAAUGGAGGACCAUUAUCCAGGGAUGUACCGCUUCUGAGGCAGCAGACCUCGGGAACGGAGCUCGGAGGUGACGUCGCCGACAUUGACGACGCAGUCGAAGACGACGACUUUACCGGCGAGGAGCUGGAAGCAAUGCGAUACAUGGAAGAGCAGGCGAGGUUAGAGGCUGAGGAGGAGGGCGGGGAAUACGAAGCGAGUGGCGAAGUCGACGACGAGUCCAUGGUGGAGAGUUGUCCUGUCUGCAACGGCAGUCUUGGUGGAGCGACGCCAGACCAGGCGGCAGCUCACGUCAAUUCCUGUUUGGACGGCAACCCGACGCCGUUGCCGAACCCGCCUGACGCUGUCAUCGAGGCUGAGGCUGCAGCCGUGGGCAAACGGUUUGCGAAAGCUGCAGUGGCCCGGCCAGGGCAGGCGAACCCCAUCAGUCUAGGGGACGACGCGGGAGAGGGGACGUCGAACUCGGCGUUCACAAAGCUCAUGUCCGGCCAUGCCGAGGAUGCCGCUUGGGCUUCGGCUGCCGCGGCGGAGACGGCGUCGAGAGGUAUGCCUGCCUACAAGCGGACCUGUCCGUUCUACAAGUUCAUGCCUGGAUUUUUCAUCUGCGUCGACGCCUUUCGAUAUGGCGCCGUCGAGGGUUGUAAGGCAUAUUUCCUGAGCCACUUCCACAGCGAUCACUACAUGGGCCUGACAGCGAACUGGACCCAUGGGCCCAUCUAUUGCAGCAAAGUUACCGGGUCACUGGUCAAGUCGCAACUGAAGACGGCAGCUAAGUACGUCGUCGAGCUGGAAUUCGAAGAGACUGUGCCGGUGCCUGAAACCAACGGGGUCACCGUCACCAUGAUCCCGGCGAAUCACUGCCCGGGCAGUUCUCUGUUCCUGUUCGAAAAGACGACCCCCGGGAGGACACAGCGGAUCCUGCACUGCGGCGACUUCCGCGCCUGUCCUGCCCAUGUCGAACAUCCGAAGCUGCGCCCGGAGACAGUCGACGCCAUCACGGGGCAGACGAAGCAGCAAAAGAUAGACGUCUGCUAUCUCGACACAACCUACCUGAACCCGCGCUACUCCUUUCCGCCACAACACGAAGUGAUCACCGCCUGUGCAGAGCUUUGCGCGCUCCUCAACAAAUCCCUCCUUGCCAACGACGACCGCGAGUGGGAGUCUCUGCUGCGCCGUCAACGUCGAGGCGCCAACUCCAGCACUCAAGACGUCAGCAAGUUCUUUACCGCGGCUUCCCCUUCUUCCACCAAACCCUCCACUCCACCCAUCCCCAACGCUUUCACAGCCCUCACCAGCCGCCAACAGCAAUACCACCCCAACCGCCUCCUCGUGGUCUGCGGCACUUACAGCAUCGGCAAAGAACGUAUCUGCAUCGCCAUCGCCAAGGCGCUGCGCACCAAGAUCUACGCCACGCCGGCCAAGAUUCGCAUGUGCAAGCAGCUGGACGACGCAGAGCUCGCGUCCCUGCUGACGUCGGACCCAGCCGAGGCCCAGGUUCACAUGCAAAUGAUCAUGGAGAUCCGCGCCGAGACGCUGGCCGACUAUCUCGAGGGGUACAAGGCGCGAGGCGAGUUUGGAAGGGUGGUGGGGUUUAGACCGUCGGGGUGGAAUUAUCGCCCCUCCGCAGCUUCUUCUGGUGGGGCGAAGAGCGGCAGCGGUGGAGGAUUGGGGAUAGGUUCGGUAGGCGCCAACCUCCCGCCCAGCUCGCUGCCUACCGCGCAGUUGCUGCACGGACUCGGGUGGAAAACCAAGUUCGCGGCGGGGGACCUAGUCCCGCAGCGGGGGAGCUCGAGCGAGGCCAUGUGCUUUGGCGUGCCGUAUAGCGAGCACAGCAGCUUCAGAGAGCUGGCGCUGUUUGUGAUGGCGUUGCGGAUCGAGAGGGUCGUGCCGACUGUCAAUGUGGGGAGCGAGGCGAGUCGGAGGAGGAUGAAGGGGUGGAUCGAGCGGUGGGUUGGGGAGAGACGUAGAGGGGGGUUGGUGAGGGUUUUUGAUGAGAAGGAGGGAGAGGAGCAUAGGGGUGAGGGACGACGGGGGAAGGGGGAGCUGUGGGAUGGGAAGGAUGGCAGGGGAGGAGGGGUCUAUUGGUAG